GAUGAAUGGUCGCGUUUGAUUGGCCGAUGCCUUACGCACUUCUGGGACCAGUAAACUUGCCGACUCGGAAGCAAAAUGCAGCGCGUUCCUCGAUCGAUUAUCCGCCAGUUUAGCAGCGAACCUGCGUACUCGUUUGUGAAGGCGCGUCGGGCGUACCAGGCGGAAGUCGCCGACCUGCGCAAGCUGUACUUGCAGCAAGAAAACGCCCGCCGAGAGAAGCUGGCCCGCGAUCAAGCCGCCGAGCGUGAACGCGUGUUGAAGGCCAAGUCUGCGCGCUUGGAGGUUAAGCGCCAAUUGCAGGCCAUCCGCGCCAAGGAAGUGGAAGCCGAGAAGGCCGAACACGCCGAGUUUGUCGCCAAGCGAUUCCAGGAGAAGAAGGUCGUGCGUGAACAGCACGAAGCGUCCGUGGAAGCCAAGCGCGUGGCGGUGUUGGGCCAACUGACAGAGCACAGUAAGACGUGGAUCUCCCCCGAGUCCAUCGACGACCAGCUGGCGGAGGCGGCGUUCGCGACCCAGCUCAAGGAAGCCACGGAAAGCAAAGUAGGCAACUUGGGGGCUCUCUCGUGGCUGGAACGGUUGAAGACAAUGAAGCCUGUCGACUACGAUGACGUUGACGACGAAAAGAAGUAAAGGCCAAUAGUACACAACCUUGUUGUAUG